AUGUUUAAGGCAUACCUGAUGGCUGAGGAGCAAAACGAGCAGGUCCGUGACAUCCUUCUCCUUCCAACCACAGUCAACGAUCAAGUUGGAUCUUCGGACGAUGAGCAGAUUGCCGCAGUCGUGGAUUUCUUUCAUGGAAAGCUUGCUGAAUAUAAUGAGGUCGUGAUCGCCCAGAACAACCGAUCUGUUUUCGUUGCCAACUAUGUGCAAAAUCGAUUCUUGGUCACUGAGUUUUGUCCCGAACUUGCCAAAUUAUUCGCGGUGCUUAAAGUCAAGUCGUUGGAUGAGCUGAUUCAGAAAUUGAAGGACUUGGAAGAGGAUCCGGCGAUGACCUGGGAUUGCUUCCUACGUGACAUUGAUGACGAGCUUGAGAAGACGUUGGGUCCAGUCAAAACGGCAGUCAGUACUCUUCCAGAAGAUUCUGGAAUUCUCGGACUUCAGAGCAAAACAAUUUCUUACUAUGUGACCGGAAGUGCUUUUGAUUGUGUACUCAUUAUUGUAGUCAGAGCAUUCAAUAAACCAGAAGUCAACGAGCACAUUCUUGGAUUAUACAAUCGAAUUGACGAGCUACGAAAAUUGCGAUGCGACGUCUUCCUACUAACCAAAGGACCGCCCAUUGGAUCCAGCGGAGGUGCAUAUAUCAAAUUGAUUGGUGUCCCAUUCAGAAAAUUAUACGAUAUGAAUGAAGCAGAAGAACAACUGAAAGUCAGCAGGAAAUCCGCGUUGGAGUAUAAUGGUUGGCGAACGCUUUGCAAGGUUGUCGAAGCUUCGCUAGUGGAGGGAGACUACGCGAACACUGCCAAAGAAGCGGCGGGGCCCGAUGAUUCCGUUGCUUACAUCUCACAGAAAGGGGGUACUGUACUUGUCGACAAAUCUGGAGAGAUUUUGUACAAGCAUAUCGAGGACGACAAAGCGGACUCAUGGCCGAAUAUUGAUGAAAUUGUGAAGCUUGUGGAGGCUAGGAACGCAAAGUACUUGGAGAGCAACAACAAUUCCACAUCAUCAAUCCCAAAGGGUGGCAAUUUGGCAAAAGUGAACUCGGAAAUAUCUGUAACCAAGGAAUGUGCAACGGACAAAAAGAAGCCGUGCUGUGUGAUUAGUUGA